UAUCACUUAGAAAUCGUCUUGCCAGCGAAGCAUAUAUAAUAAGGCCAGUAAGUUUUUUAAAGCCCAAUCCUCAACCCGCCAAUAAUAAAUUCCCUCCAAAAUGUCAGACUCAGACCCAUUGGCUCAGCAAAUCUGCCUCUUCCGCUCCCUAAUCAAAAGCAGAAGACUCGACGACGCAGCUCUUCGUAUCCUCGAAUCUCUUUUGGUUUCCAAAUCUGUGAAAUCGCUCAAGGAAGUCCAAUCCACCUUGAGAGUCUUCCUCAGAUCCGAAUCUCUCUCCGCCAUUCGCGAAAUCGCCUACAAAUCUGUCCACCAAAAGCUUAUCACCCUUGAAUUCUUCGUCCGCGCUUUCGCUCUAAUAGCCGACGUUGAGAGUUGCUUGGCUUUGAGAUACGAGGCCUUGCAUAUGCGGGAACUCAAGUCUACAAGUUGCCAAUGGCUAGAAGUUUCUUAUUUGGAAUGGCUAAAUUUUGCCGAACACUCGUUGGAUAAUGGUUUCUACUCUAUUGCUGGAAAGUCAUGUGAAAAUGCAUUAUUAUGUCUUAAGAAGACUGAUAUUGCAAACCCCAAAAUAGAUGAAUUCUUUGAAAGUGUGCAAGUUUAUGAAAAAAUAAAGAGACUAAAAGAUUUUGCUAUGACAUCAGCCGCUUCACGCUCUGUUCAGGCGCAAGCUGCAGAGUACUUGACAAAGAAGAGGACUGAGAAUGGAAAAAUAAUACUUCCUUCAUUGUGUCAAGAGACAAAAUGUGUAGCAAGCACUAUGUUCAGAAUUGGAAUCAAGAAGAGAAAUGAACGAAAAUUGCAUGACCUGCAACGUACUACCAGUAAAUCAUAAACCAUUCAACUUUGAGGUCAUUGCAUUCUGGUCCCUUCCUUUUUUGGUAUUUUGGAAGUUAGUGCCUUACUGGAUUUACAUACACUUCAUGGUAAUUUAGGUGGCACCUUAUGGAUUGUAAUGAUGCGCUUUUUUGGAUACGGCUUGUUCAUGUUACUAACUUUUACUCAAAUUUUGGAGGUUUCUGCUCAAA